AUGUUAUCCCUCGAAAGCCGCGACUUUUCCCCGCAGCGGGGACAGGACGGGGGAAGGGGAGAGGCGGGGGCUGAGGGGGAGCUCACGCGGGACUCCGCCAGGGGGAGAGCGGGGGAAGAGUGGGGGUUAAGAGAGGAGGGCGGAAGGCGGUGCCGCUCCAGCAGCCCCCCCCGGAAUGAUUGGGGGGAAAAUGUGCGCCAGCGGAAAUCCUGGGGGGACAGGCGGGAAGACUGGGAGGGGGACCGAGGGGGAAGGGGGCGAGGAGACAAUGCGGCAUGGGGGAGGGGGGUUGGAGAUAGGGGCGGUGAGGGGGAUGAGGGGAUAAGAGGCGGUGGUGGUGGUAGGGGUGACAGGGGAAGGGUUGAUAGUAGCGGGAGGGGGGAAACAGGAAGAGGUGAUUACAACGGGAAGGGCGGAGGAGGUGAUGUUUUCGGGAGGACGGGUGCGUACAGCGGGAGGGGCGAGGGGCACGGGGGCUGGGGCGGCGUCCGCGGAAGAAGAGGCGCUGCCCACGGCAGCGGGGGCAGCGGCAGCGGCAGAAGUUCCGCGCACAACGCUGACAGCAGCGGCGGCGGCGGCGGCGGCGGCGGUGGCGGCGCUUUCCUUCGUGAUUCCCAUGAUUCGCGCGAGCUCCAGCAGAGUGCUCUGGCGAUUCACAACGUGGUUGAGGGAGAGAGGCGCGACGGAGGGAGGGGUCGGGGUCGGUCGGACGGGCAGGUGCGCGGAAACGCGCAGCAGCAGGCGGUGGGGGGAGGCGGAGAGGCGCGCGCAGGAGGGGACAGGGAUAGAGGCGGGAUGGGUUUGCACAGGCGCGGAGGAGGCGGACAGGGGGAGCUGCUGGGAAGACCGGGGGGAGAGGUAAAGGCGCGCGGAGCUGCGGGCAACGGCACCUUGGACUCCCCUUGCGGGGAGCGCGAGAAGCGCGAGGGGCGAGAUGGGUGGGAUAGGCGGGAGGGGCGCGAGGGCAUGGGGCGGAGGCAGGAUGGUGGGGGGCACAAGGGGACGCUGCAAGAUCGUGCAAGGGGUGAAGGCCUGGGAAGGCAGGGCGAGGGACGGUAUGGGAGGGGCAGGCAAGGCGGAGGUGCGGACGGGAAUCUGCCCUUUGCUGCUGCUGCUGCUGUUGGUGGUGUUGGUGCUGCUGGUGAUGCUGCUGGUGCUGCUGGUGGUGCUGCUGGUGGUGAUGGUGGCAGUGCCAGGGGCCGGGCCAGAGGUGUCGAACCAUUAGUUCGCACCGCUGCUGCUGAUUUCGCCGCUCUGACGCCGCUGCACGAGGAGGGGUUCUAUAAGAGACCCGAGGCGUACUUUAUGGAGGAUGAGGUUCCGCUGGCGCGAGGGGGCAGGGCGGGGGAGCAGGGGCUGUGCGGGACGCGGAGGGAGAGGGGGAGGGGGAUGAAGUAUGGCGCUGUAGCGGUGAGAGAGGGCUGGAGGGAUAGGGACGAUAGGGAGACGGAACAGGGGAGGAGGGGAUAUGAAGAGGAGUUGUGUGGAGCAGGGCGUGAGAGGAAGCUGAGUGAAGGGAGGGAGCAGGAAGAGCAGAGAGGAGUGAGGCAGUUUGGCAACAGCAACAGAGAACAUGACAAGGGGAGGCAUGAUGCGAGGUAUGAGAGGAGGUUUGUAGAGGGGCAUGAGGAGCAGAGGGAUGGUGAGAAGAGGGAGAAUGGCACGAGGGGGCACAUGCCGGCACACAUGCCCAUGCCCAUGCACACGCACGAUGAUUCUGAAUGCGCGGAGAGGAUGCCGGGCACUGGUGCUGGUGGUGCUGGUGCUGGUGCUGGUGGUGCAGUGGGGGGCAGCUGGGGCGAGAAUGGAGCAGAGAGGAUGGAAGAGAAUGGAGAAAGAGAAGUGGAAGAGGUGGUGGGGGAAGAGGGGAGGGGUGGAGAGAGAAGUGAGGGAGGGGAAGAAGGCCGGGAGGAAGCAGGAGAUGAAGCACGCUCACCGCACACCACCGCACCGCAGACAGGCGUGCCGCACACCACCAUUGUUUCAGACCCGGCACUCUCCUCGGCUGCUUCUCCUCCCCAGCUCCCCCGCAAGCUCAUCCCUGUGCGCAUCCGCUCUCCCCUGCCGGACCUGAGUGAGCGAUUAGCCUACACCGUCCGCCCGCAACCGAGAGCAGCGCACCGACAGCAGCAGCACACAAGACGAGCUGUUGGCAGGAGCAGAAGCGGGAGCAGGAGUGGGAGCAGGAGCGGGAGCGGGAGCGGGAGCGGGAGCGGGAGCGGGAGCGGCCCAGGAAGCUAUGGAGAGAACGAUGAGGAGGACAAAAGGGAUGAGGAAGAAUGGAAAGACGAGGGAGAGGGAGAGGCGGAGGAGGAGGAAGAGGAGGAAGCAGCGGCGAGGGAGAGAGUGAGGGCGAUCCAGCAGGGGCUGGUGCUGAAGCUGCAGCAGUCUGCAAGCAAGGGCGUUUUUACGGACGAAAUGGGCAAGAAGCACGUGUGGAGAAGGGCGCGUUUGGACCCGGAGGUGGCGCAGUGGGUGAAGGAGCGUGCACGCGUGUGUGGGCUGGGACACGUGCCGGGGGUGCCUGUGGGCAUGCGGUUUAGGUCGAGGCAAGAGAUGCAGGUGCUGGGCGUGCAUCGCAAAGAUAGAAGCAAGGUGGACUGGGUCGUGGUGAAGAGCUGGACUAUGGGGGGGAGUGGGGGAGUGGAAGGGGAGAGGGGGGGGAAAGGUGGGCGAGUGGGAAUGGGAGAGGGUGUGAAACGGGGUAGAGGCGUACCUGUGGCGACAUGCAUUGUGCAUAAGGUGGAAAGGGGUCGUGCUGGUGGUGGCGGUGGUGCUGGUGGUGGUGGUAAUGACGUUUUCAAAGGCGUGCAGGGAUGGGGUAAGGGAUUGACGGGGAAGCAGCAGCAUAAGCAGAAGCAGAAGAGACAGCAGCCGAGCACGAUCAAGAGCAAGGCAAGGAAGCGCAAGUCACGAGAGGAAGACGAGGGCGAGAAGGAUAACGGCGACAGGGAAGAGGAUGCGAGCGCUGCUGCUGCUGCUGCUGCUGCUGCUGCUGCUGCUGCUGCUGCUGCUGCUGCUGCUGCUGGUGGUGGUGGUGGUGCUGAGUAUGGUGCGCUGUGGAUCAAAAUCCCUGGGACAAGCUGGGACUUGAAGAAGUGUAACAACCAGACGCACCUCAAGUAUAACACAAGCCUGCUGCACAGUGCCAUUGCAGGGCUGCCUGUGCGUGUGGUGCUGGAAGGGGAGUGGCAGGGGCGAGGGGCAGACACACGGCACCAGGUAGCAGGCAGUAGGUGCCGGCAGCAGCAGCAGCAGCAGCAGCAGCAGCAACGGCAGCAAAGGCAUCUCCGCAACGCACAAGCCCGAAGGAAUAGAACAGACGGUGCUGCUGCCGCGUCUGUUGCAGGAGAGGAAACAGAGCAAGUGAAGCGUAACUUCAUGUAUGCGGGGCUGUACCAUGUGGCUCGAGUGGAGUUGCACAAAGUUGAUCAGGGGGAGGAGAGCAAAAGUGACGAGGGGGAGGAGGGCAAAGGUGAGGAGGGGGAGGAGAGCAAAAAUGAGGAGGGGGAGGAGGGCAAAGGUGACAAGUGUGCGACAGAGCUUCGAUACCUGCUGCUGAGGCUGCCUGGUCAGGGUGGUGGUGCGCGUGGAGGGGGUGGUGGUGACGAGGAGGAGGAACAAGAAGAGAGGGAGGACAAGGAGGAGGGUGCUGAGGAGGGGGAUAGUUCAGGGGAGGAAGAGGAGGAAUCUGACGGUGAGAGUGAUCAAAAUCGGAUGCUGAAAAGGGGAAAGACGAAGCGAAAUAGGGGAGGAGGGGGAGGAAGAGGAGAUGGGCAACGGAUUUCAACAGAAGCAGCAGCGGCGGUGGCAGAAGCAGAAGCGCAGGGCGGCGAUGUGGGGAAUGUGGUGUGGGUGGAAGAGGAGGAGGAAGAAGAGAAAAGGCCGUGGAUGGUGGUGGGGUGCGAUGGGCGGGUGCACUGCGCUGUGAGCCGGCAGGUGGUGGAUAGGAUGAAGGAGGGCGAGGACGGCAGGUCCCUGCUUGCCAUGGCCCAUGAGCUGCGCGUGGCCGUGGACAAUUUGACAUGUUUUGAGUCGACUCAAAACGUGGCUGUGGAUAAUGCUUUUAUGAGGGAGAUGACAUCUCCAGUGGACGUGGAGGGGGACAUGCUUUUUGAGGCGCCUCAAAACUUGCACCAAGGAAUGGCGAGGACAGGAGGCACGGGGAGGAGAGAAGGGGAUGGGGAGAGAGGAGGGAAGGGGGAGAGAGGAGGGAAUGGUGGGAGAAGAGCGAAAAAGGGGGAAGGAGGGAACGGGGUGAGAGAAGGGAAGGGGGAUGAGGGAAGAGGGAAGGGCAGUGGGGGAGAGUGUGGUGCGAGGAGGAGAGGAAGUGGAGAGGUAGGCUGUGAAAGGUGGGAGAGGGCGGGUGGCGAGGGGAGGGCGGGAUGGCAAGAGGAGGGAGGAACGGGUGAGAUGGGUGGUAGUGGUGGUGAUUGGGAUGGUGCAGUUGGAGUUGGUGAGAGGGGAGGGGUGAGCAGAAUGGGUGGUGAUUGUGGGACUGGGGCAGGAGAUGAGUCAGAGGGAGGAGCGUUGCGAGAGGAUGGGAUGAUGGGUGGCAUGCAUUGGCGGGGUACUUUGGGAGAGGAGGGAGAAAAGAGAAAUGAGAGAGCAGAGGGAUUGGAGAAUAAGGAGUUACACGGAGCAGAGGGCGACGAGGAAGGUAAAAAAACUGAUCAAUCGGAAGAUGAUGAGGAGGAAGAAGGCAGCAGUGACUGCAAUGGGGAAAGCAGUGAGAGUGAGAGUGAGAAUGAGAGUGAGAGUGAGCUUGAGAGUGAGAGUGAGGAGGAGCUUUUGGGGACAACGAGGAGAGCAAAGGGUGCAAAGGGUUUGGAGUUGGUACCCAAGGACGACGCUGCAGGACUGGGAGAUGAUGCUGCUGCUGCUGCUGCUGCUGCUGCUGCUGCCAUACCCUUGCCAGGGCCGUCCAAUGCUGGUAGCAUUGUUGUGUCGGGGCUAGCUUUUCCUGAUGAGGACGAGGAGGAGGAAGAGGAGGAAGAGGAGGAGGAGGAGGAGGAGGAGAAGGAAGAGGAGGAAGAGGAGGAGGAGGAGGAGGAGGAGGAGGAGGAGGAGGAGGAGGAGGAGGAGGAGGAGGAGGAGGAGGAGGAGGAGGAGGAGGAGGAGGAGGAGGAGGAGGAGGAGGAGGAGGAAAAGAAAGAAGACGAGGAGGAAGAGGAGGAGGACCAAGAGGAAGAGGAAGAGGAAGAGGCAGAGGCAGAGGUGGUUAAGUCACGUUCAAAGAGUAAGAAGCAAGGAGGGAGCAGUGAAGAGGAGGAAAAUGUGCAGGAGAAGAAAAAGAAGCAUAGAAAGAAGGUGCAGAGUAAGGAGGAGGAGGAGGAGGAGGAGGAGGAGGAGAAGGAGGAGGAGGAGGAGGAGGAGGAGGAGGAGGAGGAGGAGGAGGAGGAGGAGGAGGAGGAGGAGGAGGAGGAGGAGGAGGAGGAGGAGGAGGAGGAGGAGGAGGAGGAGGAGGAGGAGGAGGAGGAAAAGAAAGAAGAGGAGGAGGAAGGGGAGGAGGACCAAGAGGAAGAGGAAGAGGAAGAGGCAGAGACAGAGGUGGUUAAGUUACGUUCAAAGAAUAAGAAGGGUCGCAAGAAGCAAGGAGGGAGCAGUGUAGAGGAGGAAAAUGUGCAGGAGAAGAAAAAGAAGCACAGAAGGAAGGUGCAGAGUAAGGAGGAGGAGGAGGAGGAGGAGGAGGAGGAGGAGGAGGAGGAGGAGGAGGAGGAGGAGGAGGAGGAGGAGGAGGAGGAGGAGGAAAAGAAAGAAGAGGAGGAGGAAGGGGAGGAGGACCAAGAGGAAGAGGAAGAGGCAGAGGUGGUUAAGUCACGUUCAAAGAGUAAGAAGGGUCGCAAGAAACAAGGAGGGAGCAUUGAAGAGGAGGAAAAUGUGCAGGAGAAGAAAAAGAAGCAUAGAAAGAAGGUGCAGACUAAGGAGGAGGAGGAGGAGGAGGAGGAGGAGGAGGAGGAGGAAACGAAAGGAGGGGAGGAGGAAAAGAUGGAAGGGGAGGAGGAAAAUCAGGAAGAGGAAGAAACUGGGAGUCAGAAGCUCUGUAAUGAUGAGGUGCGGCGAAGUGGCAAGGGGUUGGAGGAGGCACGAACCAGGAAGAAUGAGGCGAAGAGGGUGAGGAGAGAAAAGGACAGAAAGAAGGGGGUGGUACGGGCAGGAGAGGGGGUUGUUGCGAUUGGGGAGGAGAAUGCUGAAGGAGGAAAAGGACAUGUUGAGGUGGUGGUGGUAGGGAAGAGAAGCAAGAAGGGAUUAAAGAGUUUGAGUGAGGAAGGAGUGUGUGAUGCUGCUGCUGUGAAGCCGACUAGAGGGGGGGAGGGGGCUGUGGAGGGGGAAAGGAGAAGGAAGAGAAGGAAGGUGAAAGAGCAGAUGGAUGAGGGAGAAGAUAAUGAGGGAGUAGCUAGGGUUGGUGGUAGCAGUGACUUGCAGGAUGGGGCGAGGGUGAGAGAUGCGGGUACAGGGAAGGAGAGAAGAGGGCAAGUGUUGGGGGAGUGUGAUGGGAGAAGAGAAGGCAGUGGGGGUGGAGGAGAGGAGCGGGUGGAUGUUGAAGGGGAGGGGCUUCAGGAGGGGAAGGGCGAGGCGAUGAAAGCAAAGAGCUGGAAUUCUACUCCCUCUGUUCCUGCUCACACCCCUCCUCCUCCUCCUCCUCCUCCUCCUCCUCCUCCUCCUCCUCCUCCUCCUCCUCCUCCUCCUCCUCCUCCUCCUCCUCCUCCUCCUCCUCCUCCUCCUCCUCCUCCUCCUCCUCCUCCUCCUCCUCUCCCUCCUCCUCCUCCUCCACCUCCUCCUCCUCCUUUCUCCAGCAUGCUUCAUCAGCAACAGCUUCCACUCCAGCCGUUUCAGACUGCCACGUUUCCUCCCCACUCCACACCAUCCCACCAUGGGCAAGCGCCACUUGCCAUGGGGAGCGCGAGUCACUUGAGACCAUACGGGCUCUUCCCUGCCCUCGAAAGCCGCGACUUUUCCCCGCAGCGGGGGCAGGACGAGGGAAGUGGAGAGGCGGGGGCUGAGGGGGAGCUCACGCGUGACUCCGCCAGGGGGAGAGCGGGGGAAGAGUGGGGGUUAAGAGAGGAGGGCGGAAGGCGGUGCCGCUCCAGCAGCCCCCCCCGGAACGAUCGGGAGGAAAAUGUGCGCCGGCGGAAAUCCUGGGGGGAUGGGCGGGAAGACUGGGAGGGGGACCGAGGGGGAAGGGGGCGAGGAGACAAUACGGCAUGCGGGAGGGGGGCUGGGGAGCAGGGCGCUGAGGGGUUUGAUGGGAUGGGAGGCGGUGGCGGUGGGAGGGGUGACAGGGGAAGGCGCGAGGGGCGGGACGGGCGGGAUUGGCGCGAGGGGCGUGAGGGGCGCGAGGGGCGUGAGGGGCGCGAGGGGCGGGAGGGCAUGGAGCGGAGGCAGGAUGGCGGGGAGCACGAGGGGACUCUGCGAGAUCGUGCAAGGGGUGAGGGCCUGGAGAGGCAGGGCGAGGGCCGGUAUGGGAGGGGCAGACAAGGCGGAGGUGCGAAAGGGAAU